CCACAUCCUUAGGCCCCCCGUUUUGGGAUUUCCAGUUUGCAGAAUGACUCAAUUUUAUUCCGAGCAAAAGGAGAGGCCGAUCCAUCAAGAUUCCAACUAAACCACGGGCCGCUUGGAUGUUGGCUGGCUGCCUCCUCCUCCUCCACAGCCCCUCAACCUUAAAAGCCUUUUUCCAUUUUCACCAUGCACAUUGCCCGCCUCUCCCUUUGUUUUUGUCGUUUAGGAAUCUCAUCAUUAUCGUCGCAAUUGCCCCUCUUCUGAUCUCUCUCUCUCUCUCUCUCUCUCUCUCUCUGAAAUCCGAUUCCGGGAAUCAGGUACGACGUUCUCCUUACCUACCGGAACGCUCUUCUUUACUGCCGAAGCAGUUGUUAAAUGCCCCCUUUGAGUUUAAAAAUGGAAAUCGGGAACGAGUUUUGGAAUGUGGGCCUUGUCGUUGUGGCCACUCUCGUCAUCGCAAAACUCAUCUCCGCCUUUCUGAUUCCCAAAUCUCAGAAACGCUUGCCGCCGGUGGUUAAGGCAUGGCCCCUCGUCGGAGGGCUCGUCCGGUUCUUGAAAGGGCCGGUGGUGAUGCUCCGGGAGGAGUAUCCGAAAAUGGGGAGUGUUUUCACUCUGAAAUUGUUGAACAAGAACAUCACAUUCUUGAUCGGGCCGGAGGUUUCUGCCCAUUUCUUCAAGGCCCCUGAAUCCGAUCUCAGCCAGCAGGAGGUCUACCAGUUCAACGUCCCCACGUUCGGGCCCGGUGUCGUUUUCGACGUCGAUUACUCGGUGCGGCAGGAGCAGUUCCGGUUCUUCACCGAGGCGCUCAGAGUCACCAAAUUGAAAGGCUAUGUCGAUCAGAUGGUUAUGGAAGCUGAGGAUUACUUUUCAAAAUGGGGAGACUGUGGUGAGGUGGACUUAAAAUAUGAACUGGAGCAUCUAAUCAUCUUGACCGCCAGCAGAUGUCUAUUGGGCGAAGAAGUACGCAACAAACUCUUUGAUGAUGUGUCUGCCCUCUUUCAUGACCUUGAUAAUGGGAUGCUCCCAAUUAGUGUCAUAUUCCCCUACUUGCCCAUUCCAGCCCACAGCCGCCGAGACCAGGCUCGCAAGAAGCUUGCAGAAAUCUUUGUAAAUAUUAUAGCCGCCCGUAAACAAACUGGAAAAUCAGAGAAUGACAUGCUGCAGUGUUUCAUGGACUCAAAGUACAAAUGUGGUCGCCAAACAACCGAGUCUGAGGUCACUGGCCUGCUAAUUGCUGCUCUCUUUGCCGGUCAGCAUACAAGCUCCAUCACCUCCACUUGGACGGGGGCCUACCUUCUCACAAACAAGAAGUACUUAUCAGCUGUGUUGGACGAGCAAAAAAACCUGGUGGAAAAGCACGGAAACAAGGUUGAUCAUGAUACCCUGUCUGAGAUGGAAGUCUUGUAUAGAUGUAUCAAGGAAGCCUUGCGCCUGCACCCUCCUCUGAUCAUGCUUCUGCGUAGCUCCCACAGCGACUUCAGUGUGAAAACAAGGGAAGGGAAAGAAUACGACAUUCCAAAGGGCCACAUUGUUGCCACAUCUCCCGCAUUUGCUAAUCGUCUCUCUCAUAUUUACAAGGAUCCCGACAUGUAUGACCCAGACCGAUUUGCUCCUGGUCGAGAAGAAGAUAAAACAACCGGGGCAUUCUCGUACAUAUCUUUUGGCGGUGGCAGGCAUGGGUGUCUGGGUGAGCCAUUUGCGUAUCUUCAAAUAAAGGCGAUUUGGAGCCAUUUGCUGCGAAAUUUCGAGUUCGAACUGGUCUCACCCUUUCCAGAGAUUGACUGGAAUGCCAUGGUUGUGGGAGUGAAAGGAAAGGUUAUGGUGCGGUACAAGCGCCGAGAACUUCCAAUUAACUAACCUGGAAACCUUGCUGCAGGAUGUCGAUGGAGGAGACAGACAGGUUUAAGUUGAAGCCCUGUUCUGUAUGUUCUGGGUAUCCAUUUUGUGUUUUAUUUCAUUUGUGUGGAAAUGUCCAAGUCUAACUUGGCUUGAGGACUCAGUAUUUUGUUGGAUUUUGUUGGCAUCUGGUUUCUUGUCAUCUUGGUUAUGAGAUUUGUAGUUUGUAGCUUUGUAGCA